AUGGCUGCCAAUUUCUGGACAUCAUCUCAUUACAAGCACCUUUUAGAUCAAGAAGAUGUGGAUAUGGUGAAUCCACUUGACAAAGAAAAGGGUCUCACUCUUGAGGAUUUUAAGCUCAUUAAGAUGCAUAUGUCUAAUUAUAUUCUGAAGUUGGCUCAACAAGUAAAAGUGAGGCAGAGGGUUGUUGCUACCGCAGUUACUUACAUGAGGCGUGUUUACACAAGGAAGAGUAUGACCGAAUAUGAUCCACGCCUGGUAGCUCCAACCUGCUUGUAUCUGGCAUCAAAAGCAGAAGAAAGCACAGUGCAGGCUAGGCUGCUUGUAUUUUACAUUAAGAAAUUAUAUGCUGAUGAUAAGUAUAGGUAUGAAAUCAAGGACAUACUUGAAAUGGAAAUGAAGAUUUUAGAAGCAUUGAACUAUUAUCUGGUUGUAUUCCACCCAUACCGUUCCCUCUCCGGGUUUCUUCAAGAUGCGGGUUUGAACGAUUUAAGCAUGACUCAACUAACUUGGGGGCUUGUUAAUGACACAUACAAGAUGGAUCUAAUGCUUGUACAUCCACCGCAUCUGAUUGCCUUAGCUUGCAUAUACAUUGCUAGUGUACUAAGGGAGAAAGACACCACUGUUUGGUACGAAGAACUUCGAGUUGAUAUGAAUGUGAUUAAGAACAUAUCAAUGGAGAUACUUGAUUUUUAUGAAAGCAACAGAAUGUUCACUGAUGAGAGAAUCAAUGCUGCUCUCCACAAGCUAUGA